GUGGAGAAGCAAGCCGCCAAGGAAGGUGCCGAGGCAACUGGUAUCGGGGUCGGAGUUUGCCGGACUGCAGAGGCGGGAGCACAAAAGUCUCCCGCUACCCUUGGCUCGUCUCAGCGUCCCCCUCCCCCUCCCGAUGGCUUCUCCUGGGGAACCUGUGCCUGAAGAUCUUGCAUCAAAAGAACCAGUGGAAGAUACAGACCCCAGCACUUUGGAAGAGACAGAAAAAUAUCCUGUUCAAGAUACAGAGUCACCAAAAGGUGAGGAAUACCAAACCGAAAAAGUGACAUUGGAAAUAGCAUCCAUUAACAUUAGGAGCCUAACAUCAGAUUCAGGCCUGAUACAACAGCCUGAAGUUAAUGAUAGCCGAGGUAUUACUGGUGAAUCACUCACAGUUCUGAAGAAAUCAUUCACAGAAAAUGGCACCUGCUCCUUAUGUACGUCUCGCCAACCAAUCAUCAGUGAUUUGCUCAAUGAUGAGGACUUGUUGUAUAUGAUGAGGAUAAAGUUGGAUCCAUCCCACCCAACGGUGAAAAACUGGAGAAACUUUGCAAACAAAUGGGGAAUGACCUAUGAUGAAUUGUGCUUCCUGGAACAAAAGCAACAGAGUCCCACCUUGGAGUUUUUGCUACGGAACAGUGACAGGACUGUGGAGCAGCUGAUUGAUCUAUGUAAAUUAUACCGAAGAGCUGAUGUUGAAAAAAUGCUACUGAAGUGGGUGGAGACAGAAUGGCCAAAAAGAAGCCAUGGAACCUAUCAGAAUAACUUGUAAACAAGAACAAAAAUGUCUCAUCCAUAUUAUUUCUCUGGUGGAAAAGUGAGAGAGUGGCAGGGCUUGGUUUACUGGUGUAUAUUUCCUUUGUUGGGGAAAGGA